CAUCCAAGAUUACUGUUAACUCACAAACACAGACUAGUAGUAGUAGAGAGAUAGAAAAGAGAGAGAGAGAGAGAGGGUUGUCCUCCUGCUGUCCUGUUUAGUGUGUUGCAGGUCUCUCUUUGCUUUGUACAGCCCAGCCAGCCAGAAAAUUGCAGUUCUUGUUCUUGUUUUUUUUAACACCUACCUCCUUCAUUCCUCUCUCAAAUAAUUCUUCUCUUCUCAAAAACAAAACCCAUUCACUCAUCAAACACUGCCACAGAAGAGAUGUGAUUGAACAAGCCAGUAACAACAAUUCAUUACUCAUUCAUCCUUAUUUCGUGAUAACCUUGAAAAUUGAUUGAGAACCCAUUUUCUCUAUAAUCAUCCCACUCUGCUUCACUGCUAGUAGUACUACUACCACUCACUUGAUUCUGCAGAUUCUGAAAUCAUACAACCAGAAAAGGGUCCUUUCAAUGUUUGUUAAUAAUAAUAAUACUUCAAGAACUAGAGAAGAAGGAUAAGGAGGAGAAGACCUUCAUUAUCUCUUCAAAAUGAGUACUAUUGUGCAAUGAAAGCAACCAAGGUGUUUGAUUGAAGACCCAUUUUGUGCAUUUUGAGAUAGAUAGAUAAUACUAGUACAAGAACUAGAGAGGAACUUGAGUAAGAACAAGCAAAGUCGUGGUGGGUGAUAAAACAAGAAAAAAGGGUUUGCAGUUAUGGGAUUCUUCAAGAUGGGUUUAGUCACAAUGGAGAAGUGAAUGUUCUUGAGAUCAUCCAGAGACUAACUACAAUGGGUAGUGUGAUUCCAACAACAAUUUUGGUUCUGCUUCUGUUUUGUUGUUGCUUCAGUACUAGUUUUGGCUCCCCUGCUUCAGACAAUGGAGGGACAUUGUUGGAUAUCAAGAAAUCUUUUAGAGAUGUGGAUAAUGUGUUAUAUGACUGGACUGAUUCCUCAUCUGAUAAUUACUGUUCUUGGAGAGGAAUCAUUUGUGAUAAUGUCACAUUUGAUAUCAUGGCACUUAAUCUCUCGGGUUUGAAUCUAGGUGGGGAGAUAUCGCCAUCUAUUGGUAAUCUGAAAGGACUGGUUUCCAUUGACUUGAGAGGGAACCAUCUGUCAGGACAAAUUCCGGAUGAGAUUGGUGAAUGUUCAUCUCUUCAAACCCUGGAUUUGUCUUUCAAUGAGAUUUAUGGGGACAUACCAUUUUCAGUAUCAAAGUUGAAAGAAUUAGAAACAUUGAUUUUGAAAAGCAAUCAGUUAAUUGGACCCAUUCCCUCAACUUUGUCACAGAUUCCAAACUUGAAAAUCUUGGACCUGGCUCAAAAUAAACUUAGUGGUGAGAUACCUAGACUUAUCUACUGGAAUGAAGUUCUACAAUACCUGGGAUUGCGAGAGAACAAUUUGGUAGGGAGUCUCUCUUCCGAUAUCUGCCAAUUAACAGGCUUGUGGUUUUUUGAUGUAAGAAAUAACAGUCUUACUGGUAGCAUACCUAUGAAUAUUGGAAACUGUACAGGCUUCCAGGUCUUGGAUUUAUCCUACAACCAGCUUACUGGGGAGAUUCCAUUUAACAUUGGUUUUCUACAAGUGGCCACUCUAUCUUUACAAGGAAAUAAACUCACCGGGAAAAUUCCAUCUGUGGUUGGUCUGAUGCAGGCACUUGCUGUUUUAGAUCUUAGCUGCAACUUGUUAAGUGGACCGAUUCCUCCAAUCUUGGGAAAUUUGACUUAUACGGAGAAACUGUACUUGCACAGUAACAUACUUACUGGAAGCAUUCCACCCGAGUUGGGAAACAUGACUAGGCUCCAUUACUUGGAGUUGAAUGAUAAUCAGCUAAGUGGACAUAUUCCCCCUGAACUUGGGCAGCUCACCGACUUGUAUGAUUUGAAUAUUGCUAACAACAAUCUUGAAGGUCCACUCCCUGCUAAUCUUAGCUCUUGCACUAAUCUCAAUAGCCUCAAUGUUUACAAUAACAAACUGAAUGGAACAAUUCCACCUUCCUUUGAAAGGCUCGAGAGUAUGACAUACUUGAAUCUUUCAUCAAACAGUUUUAAAGGUCCAAUACCUAUCGAGCUAUCUCGAAUCGGUAAUUUGGAUACCCUGGACCUUUCGAACAACAAGAUAUCUGGUCCUAUACCUUCUUCGAUUGGUGACUUGGAGCAUCUCCUUACACUAAAUUUAAGCAAGAACCGUUUAGCUGAAGGGAUUCCGUCGGAGUUUGGCAAUCUUAGGAGUGUCCUGGAGAUAGACCUUUCACAUAAUCGUCUCACUGGUCUAAUCCCUCAAGAACUUGGUCAGCUUCAGAAUUUGUAUUCAUUGAAAGUAGAAUACAACAAUUUGACAGGGGAUGUAGUGCCAUUAAUAUCUUGUCUGAGUCUUAGUGUGCUCAAUGUGUCUUACAAUAAUCUCUUCGGUGAUAUUCCCACUGGCAAUAACUUCUCAAGGUUUCGUUUUGAUAGCUUUACUGGAAACCCCAAUCUUUGUGGUUAUUGGCUUGGUUCUCCAUGCCAGACAUCUCAUCCACCAGAGCGACCUCCAAUCUCCAAAGCCGCCAUCUUAGGUAUCGCAUUGGGUGCUCUUGUUCUACUUCUCCUUAUCUUGUUAGCAGCAUUUCGACCACACCAUCCAAAACCUUUUGUAGAAGGAUCGCCAGAAAAACCAGUUACGUUUACCUCACCAAAGCUCGUGAUCCUUCACAUGAACAUGGCCCUUCAUGUGUACGAAGACAUCAUGAGGAUGACUGAGAAUUUAAGUGAGAAGUAUAUAAUUGGAUGCGGAGCAUCAAGUACUGUGUACAAAUGUGUGCUGAAGAAUUGCAGGCCAGUGGCUAUCAAGAGGCUAUACUCUCACUACCCCCAGUGCCUGAAGGAAUUCCAGACAGAGCUUGAAACUGUUGGAAGCAUCAAGCACCGAAACCUUGUUAGUCUCCAAGGAUAUUCUUUGUCUUCCUCAGGCAAUCUUCUGUUCUACGAGUACAUGGAGAAUGGUAGCCUAUGGGAUAUCCUACACGGGCCUUCCAAGAAAAAGAAGCUUGACUGGGACACACGACUUAGAAUAGCGCUUGGCUCAGCUCAAGGAUUAGCAUAUCUCCACCAUGACUGCAGCCCUCGAAUCAUCCAUCGGGAUGUCAAAUCUUCAAACAUACUUUUGGACAGGGAUUUGGAAGCCCAUCUCACUGACUUUGGAAUUGCGAAGAGCUUGUGUGUGUCCAAAACACAUACUUCAACUUACAUUAUGGGCACUAUUGGCUACAUAGAUCCUGAGUAUGCUAGAACCUCUCGGCUCACUGAGAAGUCGGAUAUCUACAGCUUUGGCAUUGUUCUGCUUGAGCUUCUUACUGGGAGGAAAGCAGUGGAUAAUGACUCCAACCUCCACCAGCUGAUUAUGUCCAAGACUGCGAACAAUGCAGUAAUGGAAACAGUCGAUCCAGAAAUCUCCUCUACAUGUAAAGAUCUUGCAGCAGUGAAAAAGCUAUUUCAACUAGCCCUGUUAUGCACUAAAAAACAGCCCUUUGAUCGGCCAACAAUGCACGAAGUUGCUCGUGUUUUAGAAUCCUUAGUUCCCAUUCCUGAUGUUAAACAAUCUCCUCCACCAGGCUCAGGACCUCCACCACCACCAUCGAACGUGCCCAGUUACAUGGAAGAGUAUGCAAAUCUUAAGAACCCUGGAAUGUUAUACUGCGCAUCUGUUAGUACUUCAGAUGCUCAACUCUUUCUGAAAUUUGGAGAGGUUAUAUCUCAAAACACCCAGUGAACGUCUAAUCCGAGCUCUGAAAAUCCAUAAAUCUUCUGAAUAUGUUGUAUAAAGAGAUCUAUUUAGAUAGCUAGCCAUUCACAGUAAGAUAUGUAUUUAAGAUAUCUAGUGAAAAUGAUGCUUUUCCCUUGGGAAAUUUUUACAAUUUGCACUUAAAAGUCUUUGUUGGACCAAAAACGUUUUUCUCCAGCAGGGCCGCCAAAAUAUUAUUGCCGUAUA